GGCAUGAAGUGAUUGAGGCAAUAAAAAGACAGCAAGGUGAGGUGGUGAACUUUGAAGGGCUCGACUGGUCAGCAAAGUGUGACAUUCUGAGAAGCAAUCCUGUGACAACAAUGUGCAUGUUUGAUAAGCGUGUUGAGGCCUUAUUCAGAGAUGUGCUCUUAUCUCCUGCACAGCCUCUUGGCAAAGUCGUUGACUACUUUUACCGAGUUGAGUUUCAGCACAGAGGAAGUCCACACAUUCACUGUCUCAUAUGGGUAGAAGGUGCACCUGUGUUUGAGGAGGAUGAUGAUCACACUGUGUCAGCUUUUGUUUCCAAAUACAUCACAGCUCAGCUACCUGACCAACUCACACAACCUGAACUGUAUAAGAAGGUCACAGAGGUGCAAAUACACAGCAAAAAACACUCACGGACAUGUUUCAGAAGCCCCAGCUCGGGUUGCAGAUUUGGUUUUCCUAAACCACCUUCCAGAAAGACAAUAAUAUCGAGACCUGGUGAGGGCGUUGCUCCACUGCAACUGCAAAUAGCAAAGUCCAAGCUCCAACCACUGAACUUGUUGCUGAAUGAACCUGAAACUGCCUCACUCAGUUUGCAGCAGCUCCUUGCUAAAUGCAACUUAACACUCCAAGAGUAUGAAGGAUGCCUCAAUGUCAUCAACAAAUCCAGUGCAGUGAUCCUGAAACGUGAGCCAAAGGACUGCUGGGUAAAUGGAUAUAAUGCACAUCUACUGGAAGCCUGGGAUGCCAAUAUUGAUGUCAGUUAUAUUCUCAAUGCAUAUUCAUGCAUCAUGUAUCUCACCAGCUACAUCACCAAAAAGGAAUCUGGACUUUCUGAGUACCUCAAAACAGUCAUUGAAAACUCCACCAAAGACCACGUCAAUGAAUGUGAUGAAAUGAGGGAAAUCAUGCAGGCGUACUCUAAAAAGAGAGAGGUCAGUGCUCAGGAGUGUGUGACUCGCGCAUGUGGAAUAAACAUGAAGAAGUGUUCACGUGGUGUCAUAUUCGUACCAACAGAUGACAACGCACUGAAAAUGAGUCGCCCCAUGUCUUACCUGGAGAACACAACAUUAGAAAGUGUAAAUGUGUGGAUGACGUCUUUGACUGACAAAUACAAAUCCAGACCAGAAACACCAGAGUUUGAGCAGAUGUGUUUGGCUGAUUUCGCAGCUACUUGCAGAAUUGUCUACGGCCAGCAGAAAAAAGGAAAAGAUGUGUUGCCUCUCCUCAAUGACAUGGGAUUUGUGCAAAAGCGUAAAAACGAUAAGCCUGCCAUCAUCAGAUUUUACCGCUGCUCACAGGAAAAAUAUCCAGAGAAGUUCUAUGGCACAUUACUGAAACUGUACAUUCCUCACCGAUCAGACCUGGAACUGAAAAGACGGCAUUUCCCCACGUACGAGUCCUUCUACAAGAGUGGUUGUGUCCAACUACCAGGUUCUGACCAUCCUGAGUGUGUCCGUCACAUUGUGAAACGAAACAAAGACAAAUAUGAGAAAAACAGCGAGGACAUUGAGAAUGCAGUGGAAGAAUUUGAACAGAACAGAGGAGUGAUUGAUGAAUGGUGCAAUCUGGCUCCAGAAUCUGAAGUGGAAAGGUUGGAAUGUAUCGAAGAACUGGAAGCAAGAGAGCCAGAUCAUGAACAUGUUCAAGAAAAUGUUCCAGAAUACAGUAAUCAGGCAAAUGCUGCAACAGAAGCCAGAGCAAUCAGAGAGCCUCCGACCUUUGACCCCACACUGCUACGACAGAUGUAUCAGAACCUGAACCAGAAACAAGCAUGUGUGUUCUAUGCAGUUAGAGACUGGUGCGUAAAGCGUGUCUGUGGCCUAAAUCCUGAGCAGUUUUUCUUUUAUGUCAAUGGUGGUGCUGGAACAGGAAAGUCACAUCUCAUUAAAUGCAUCUACUCAGAAGCAUCUAAGAUACUGUGCAAACUGCCCAGCCAUUCUGAGGAGGUCGACAUAGCAAACCCCACGGUCCUGUUGACAGCUUUCACUGGAACUGCAGCCUUCAAUAUAUCAGGAUCAACACUGCACUCUCUGCUCAAGCUUCCACGAAGUCUGAAACCUCCAUUUCAAGGACUUGGUAACCAACUGGAUGAAGUCCGAUCAGAACUUUUAAAUGCUGAAAUCCUCAUCAUUGAUGAAGUGUCUAUGGUAUCAAAGCCCCUGUUUGCUUAUGUGGAUGCAAGACUGAAACAGAUCAAAGGUAGUACCAAACCCUUUGGAGGAAUGUCAGUAAUAGCUGUGGGAGACUUUUAUCAGCUACCACCAGUGCGACAGUCCAAGACCCUCUGUGUGUACGAGCCAUGUGAGAUUGACCUAUGGCAGGAACACUUUCAGACAAUCACCCUGACUGAGAUUAUGCGGCAGAAGGAUGAUGUUGCCUUUGCAGAGAUGUUGAACCGGAUCCGUGUGAAAGGAAAGUCAGAUGAGUUGUCUCAAGCAGACAGAGCCUUGUUGUCACAGACCAUCACUGAACCAUCACUUUGUCCACCUGAUGUCCUGCACAUCUUUGCAACUAAUAAACAGGUUGAUUCACACAACUCAGUAACAUUAGCUCUGCUCCAUUCUAAUAUCACCAACAUCGAUGCAGAUGACUACAAGAAGGACCCACGAACUGGAAGAAUGGCUCGACAAGCCCAACCAUACAAAGGAAACAGAAAUGAGUUACCAGACACACUAAAC